AGUGACAGCUAGCCAUGGCCAGUGGUUCCACGCUCACAUGAGCAGGCCCUGUGCAUGCCUCACUGUGUGGAUAGGAUGCUCGUCCGCACCACCGUUGUCUGACAGAGGAACCCUACCCUCCCUUUGCCAGUCAACCAUGGGGAACGCAAUGAGGAGCCAAGCAUCUGGAAACAACGACCAGAACAACUCCCUCAACCCCGUGCUGAAGGGGUCCGACAAUGACUUCCUUGUUGUUCUUCGUGACUACCCUUCAGCAGACAUCAGCCAGCCCAUCUUCAGAAUGGGAGAGAGGCUGAGAGUUUUGGCUGAUGAAGGAUACUGGGUGAAAGUACAUUCUGUGCAAACAGACACUGAAAACUACAUUCCCAACAGCCAUGUGGCGAAAAUCUACCAUGGGUGGCUGUUCGAGGGAGUAUCCAGGGAGAAGGCAGAAGAGCUAUUACGCCUGCCGGGAAACAGGGUUGGGUCUUUCAUGGUACGAGAGAGUGCAAGGGAAAGAGGUGUGUACUCUCUAUCAGUGAUGCACAGAUGUGUGAUGCACUACCGCAUUUUUCGCCUGCCCAACAACUGGUAUUAUAUCUCUCCUCGGCUCACCUUCCAGUGCCUGGAAGAUCUAGUCAACCACUAUUCAGACUCUGCAGAUGGCCUGUGUUGUGUGCUCACCACCCCCUGCCUGUCCAUCACCUCCACCAACACCCAGAACCUCAGCCCUGCAGCACCCAUGGUAGUGAUGCGUCGCAAUCUCCCCCAGAGCAAUGCAGACAGUCGCAAGUCCGAGAUGGUAAACUACAGCGCUCACAACCUUCAAGGUGGCACCGACGAUUUGCUCAGUUUUGGGGUGCGGGACAGCAUCGCUUCCUACCUGUCCCUCGCAGAAUCUGAGAGCCCCGGGCCAGGCAAGAGCAACCGCAAGAAGAAGAGCAAAUCGGUCUAUGUGAUGCAGGACCAUAAUAUCAGCCACAUGGCUUUGGAGGAGGACUGAAACCAUCUGCUGUGAGGUCAGCAGGCGAAUGCUGAACGAGCACCUUGCAAUGUUGCUAAUGGCUGGGGCAUGUUGAGUCACAGCAGCAUAGGACCACAUCUCCCAUCAGCUCCUCAAAAAAGGAAGCAAAACAGUAUGUCAUGCUCUACUGUUGAACUCAACCCAUGUCUGACAGCCACACCCCUUUGAAAAAUCCUUGACUCUCAGCUGCUUGGUUUUUAUGGACUCUAUUACCUUUUGGGAAGUUACUGCUGGGCUGUGAGAUGCACAGGCUGGCACAGAUGUAUCAUUCUGCGCCCAUCUGGAACAGCAUUUGAACUGUUUGUAACAGUUUCAAUGUGAAAUAUGUCCCGUUUGCUUGACCUAAUCAACAAGCACACUGUAUACACUUAUACUAUAGGGCACAAUGAAUACACGUUUCUGUAUGCACUGGCCAAAAGGCUGCAUAAAUGUAAUAUACAAAGGUGGCAUUUUACAGCAAAAUGUGAUGUAAAUAAUUAAAGCUCAUCCUUGAGUGAAAAAGACUACAUCCUGAACCAACCAUUCUGUCAAAUGCAUCACCAAACUUAGCUUUUUAUUUUUCUUCAUUCUGAAUGGAGUGAUACAGUGUUGUGUAUGUUCUAUUGGCAGCUAUACAGGUCAUUUUUUUGGAGCAAUUACUGGUUUUACAACACUUAAAAUACAUUUUUUUUCCAUCACAUAUAAAUCACAUAUAAUAAUACUGAUCCUUUGUGUCCAACAUCCAGAACAGGUUUUAUGGAUAUUCUGCAUUCCACAGGAAAAAUGGUUUCUCUUACCCCCUUAGCAGUAGAGGCUCGCCUGGAGAUCUGCAGCCAAAGGCAUUUAGAGGUUUAAACUGCACCUAAUAACAACAGGUGAUUCUCGUUCCCAGCCAAUCAUUGGCUCUGAUUCAGUAAUUAAGGCCAAAACUAGUAGACAAGGACAAAUCACAAAAAUUGGAAUCCUGCUGUUUAAACACUCACAAGAUAAAUAACUAUUUGUAUUGAUAGCCAGGAUAUGGUUAACACAUUUAACCAUUAGCUGUGACUACCCAGAUAAUAUCCAAUGGCAGCCAUUUAUGCCAACUUUUCACAUAUUGUAACUUGAACAAUAUCCAGAGGUGGAAAACCCCAGCUUCAGAAAGUAAAAGUCUUGCCAUGUAUU